AUGAUUAGGAGCUAUGAUAGGAGUGGGUUGCUUCAAGAAACAUUGGACCUUUUGAGAGAUAUGCAUGUUAUGAGAGUCAAGCCUAGUGAAAUUGGAAUGAUAAGCAUCACACAUGUCUUGGAAGAACUCGCUGAUUUGAAAUUGGGGAAAGCCUUGCUUGCUUAUGUAAUGAGAAAUGGGAAGUGUGGAAAAUCAAGAGUUCCUCUAUGUACUGCUUUGAUUGAUAUGUAUGUUAAAUGUGAAAAUUUAGCUUAUGCGAGAAGGGUUUUUGAUGGCUUGUCUAAGGCUAGUAUCAUUUGUUGGACUGCUAUGAUUGCAACCUAUAUUCAUUGCAAUAAUUUGAAUGAAGAGCAAUUAAAUUCGCGAGAAUGCGAGAAUCUCGGUUUCAUCGGACUCGUCUUGUGCUCCGACUGCAACACUCUCUCCGAGUACGUCAAGGACAAAGAUUAUUUGUUUGACGGUUGGUAUUCCUUGACAUGUACUAGUGAUUAUUUGAAUCGUCUAAAUCAAUAUCGCCAGAGGGUUUGGACUUGUAAAAUUACUGGAAAAUCUGGCUUGACUUAUGAAGAGGCUCUGGUGUCAGAGAAGCAUGCUGCUGAGAAAGUUCAACAGAUUCCGGAAGAAUUAGUGGCACCUGCUCUAAGGAUUAUCCAUUACAAUAAGUAA